GUGCGGAGUAAACCCAGAAGGAAGGUGAAGAUGGCGGCGGCCAGGACCGGGAUCCUGGCAGUCGGGUGGCUGCAAAGGGCAGCCCGGAACGUGGUGCCUUUGGGCGCACGGACAGCCUCCCAUAUUACGAAGGACAUGCUCCCGGGGCCCUAUCCUAAGACCGCCGAAGAACGGGCCGCCGCCGCCAAGAAGUAUAAUAUGCGCGUGGAAGAUUAUGAACCUUACCCGGAUGAUGGCAUGGGGUAUGGCGACUACCCAAAGCUCCCAGACCGCUCACAACAAGAGAGGGAUCCAUGGUAUGACUGGGACCAUUCCGACCUAAGGCUGAACUGGGGUGAGCCGAUCCACUGGAACCUAGACAUGUAUGUCAGGAACCGUGUGGACACCUCCCCCACACCUGUUCCUUGGGACGCCAUGUGUAAGCAUCUCUUCGGUUUUGUGGCCUUCAUGGUUUUCAUGUUCUGGUUGGGAGAUACUUACCCUUCCUACCAGCCUGUGGGGCCGAAGCAGUAUCCUUACAAUAAUCUGUACCUGGAACGAGGCGGCGAUCCCAGCAAAGAGCCCGAGCCCGUGACUCACUAUGAGAUCUGAGGUGGCGUCGUGGGCGUUUGUGCCCUCUAACUAGGACUCCCUCAUUCUUAGAGAUUGAAUCUUAAUGGAAUCCCUAAUAAAACUGAAUGCUGUG